GUGCCAAUAAUUCUAUGCGUUUAUACGCGUAACAUUAAUUUCAAUAAAGAAUGUCUCAUAUCAGUGCACAUGACAUACAUAAAAAACCUCGUACAAAGGACAUUAAAAUACAAGAAGAUGUUACAUUUUUCCAAAUGGGUUUAUCUCAAAAAAUUUUAGAUGGAUUAUCUGUUUGUGGUUUCCGAAAGCCUUCACCAAUACAAUUGAAAGCUAUUCCAUUAGGACGAUGUGGAUUUGAUUUAAUAAUGCGUGCUAAGUCAGGAACUGGUAAAACUUUAGUGUUUUGUGUAAUAGCACUUGAAAUGAUUGAUAUACAAAUAUCGUUUGUGCAAGUAUUAAUACUAGCGCCUACUAGAGAAAUUGCUGUACAGAUUUCUGAAGUUUGUUCAUCCAUAGGAUGUGAAGUAAAAGGCUUAAAAGUUGAGGUAUUUAUCGGAGGAAUGGCUAUAGAUGGUGAUAAAAAGAAAGUAAAUGGUUGCAAUGUGGCUGUUGGUGCUCCAGGUAGAAUUAGACAUUUAAUUGACAAAGGACUCUUGAAAGUUGAAAAUAUUAGAUUAUUUGUUCUUGAUGAAGCAGAUAAACUAAUGGAAAGCAGUUUCCAGAAAGAUAUCAAUUAUAUUUUUUCAAAAUUACCAUUAAAUAAACAAGUUAUAGCAUCGAGUGCAACGUACCCAGGAGAUUUAGAAACUUUUUUAUCAACAUAUAUGUGUUCUCCAAUUUUAACAUCGCCGGAUAAUGAUGGACCAAUACUUAUUGGACUUCAACAGUUUGUAGCAGUUGUUCCUUCUCAUCCUAAUGCAAUGAAACAGGUUCAAAUAAAAGUAGAUGAACUGACAAAAAUAUUUAGUAAAAUUCCGUUCAAACAAAGCUUAGUCUUUUCAAAUUAUCAAUCGAGAGCACAAUCAGUGUGUAACAAAAUUAAUGCUAUGGGUUUCACUGCAACCUAUAUUGCUGGAAAUCAAGAUAUGAAAAAAAGACUUGAAGCGAUUAAUAAAUUAAAAACUUCUAAAUGUAGAAUAAUGUUAACUACUGAUUUAACUGCUAGAGGUAUAGAUGCAGAUAAUGUAAACUUAGUUGUAAACCUUGAUUUGCCUACAGAGGCAGCAACAUAUUUGCAUAGAAUAGGAAGAGCAGGACGUUAUGGAUCUUAUGGUAUUUCCAUAACAAUAAUUGCAGAGAACGAACUUGACACAUUAAAACAAUUACUAGCGUCAGUUGGCGGUUUGUAUUUUUACGUACUGAAACUUCCUGCGAAUUAUCCAGAUGAUAUUUGGACUACUUCUAGCACUAAAUUUGAAAAGAUUUAUGCAAAAUCUAAUAUUAAUGAGAACCCACUUGAAACUGAUACAACUAUUGAAAGUGUAAGCGAUUCAACUAUAACCGUUGAUGAAAUUAAAUUAAAAAAUAAUAAAAAUUUAGACAAUAAUGAAGUUUUCGACAGUGCAAACGAGGUAAAUACAAAUGACAUACAGUCUUCUAACAUAGAAGAAGUAAAAAGCAGUAGAAUUAAAAAUGUUGACAAUUUUCACAAAGGGUCUACUAGUUUAAGAAAUUCAUUUAUGCAGGGUAAAAGAAUCAAAGUUAGUUCUUUAUUUACCGAGAAUAUUGACUCAAGCGAAUCUCAGUGUACUAAAGAAAAUAAAGAAGAGUCAACGGUUAAAUCUUAUAGUCAAUCAAAGUUAAAAGUUAUACAUAGGUUUAAGUUAGACUUUAUCUCAAAUGAUCUUUCUAAAUGGCAAAAAGCUAAUGAAAAUAUGGAGUUUGAAGUUGAUUUAACAGAUAUCCAAGAAGAUGAUUUAUCUAGUGUGAAUUUUGAAAACAUCAUCGAACAUUUAAAAUAUAAUUUGCCUAACAACAAAUCAGAAGAAGAUUCUGUAUGUCAUAAUUUUGAGAAUACUAUUUCAAAUUCUGAAAAUACGACUUCUGAAAAUGUUGAACCUGUUGAACCAGAAACACUGAUAACGUUAACACAGGCAGUUCAGCAUAUGGAGAAUAAUAGUAGUUUUCAUACAAGCACUGUAAUAACUCCAGCGAAUGAAAUAAAUAAUUGCAUAGAUACUUUAAUAAAAGAAUUAAGUAGUCGUAUCAGUGACUAUAUGACAGAUUUCAAUUCAUGUAGCAGUAAUACUCAUGUAAAUGAAGAGGAAGUGCUAAAACAAGCAAUCGUUUGGAAGCAAAAGCUGGAUUUAGAAAUUAGUUUAUUAGAUACUGCAAUGAAAACCAUGAAAGGAUCAGUUCAAGCAAUGAUAUAUUCUGAACAUGUUCUAAUGCUAAAAAUAUUUUAUAACAUACAGAAACAAGCUACUUUAUGCACAUAUCCAGAAAUACGGAAUGAAUCAGAAGUAAACGAUACCUAUUUAUACUCUACAUCUUUAGAUGGAAAUUUCUUACAGGUGUACAGAGAAAUAGAAGAUUUUAAAAGUUUACAUCGUAAGUCUGGUAAAAAAUUCGAUGCAUAUUUUCCAUAUCCUCUUACAGAAGAUGCAUAUAUGCCAAACCUUAUGAUCACAAAAUCAGAUAUAGCAAGUUACCGUAAUGCAUUGAGAUAUUUAAGAUCAAGUCCUUGUGUAAGAGGAAAAUUAUUACAAGUAAUAGAUUUUGUAGCAUUUAUUAAAGAGAAUAAAAAAUCCAAUUUGUUAAAAAAAUUACAAAAUCACAUAGAAACGUCAUUUGAUGAAUUAUUAAUAAUAAUACAAAAUGAAGUAGGAAACAAUGAAUUGGACGAAAAUAAACAUGUGGAAUGUGAAGUUGAUUCAUCAAAGUAUGAUGACAAUUCUGUUCAAGUUAAAAAUAUUACUGGUCCAAGGAGUUAUACUUUACAUGACCACCUUGAUGAUGUCCAAAGUACAAGAAGUACUACUGAAAAAGAAAGCAUAACUGCUGAUGAAGUAAAUUUGAAAAAAAUUACUGAUAAGCACAGUUUCUGUAGUAAUUCAAAUACUUCAGUUUCAACAGACUCUAUCAAUGAUUCCAUUGAUAUCCAAAAUAGCUAUGAGAAUUCUAAUUUACAAAACAGUUCCUCUUCCAUAUCGUGGAAUGAGAGUGAUAAUCUUAAAGAACCUUCAAAUAAUGAAAAAGUGUACACAAAAAGCAAAUUUCGUAGAAGAAGGAAUAUAAGUCAAGGAAAUAAUGCAUCAAUUAAAACGAAUGGAAGAAUGUCGGGUCGAUUUACACAAGUUUAUAAAAAUAAUGUUUCAUACGAUGAUGUUAAAACAUUACCCAAUAAUCCUGAUAUAACGGAAAAACAGGGUAAAUCAGAGAUUCGAUUAAAUUCGUUAUCAUAUCCUACAACAAGUUAUACUGACGCAUCUUCAUUAAAAGCAAAGUCAAGUUUGUGUACAAACCAUAAACAGAAAGGUAUUCAGCAGGUACAUAGUCCUCAGGAGUCAUUCGUGAAUAACAAAUAUCAGUCUUGUAAUUCUUUUUCUGGAUCUCAAGAAUGCAAAAAAUACAUUUCAAGUAAAUCUACAACAGAAAAGUUAUUGGAAAGACACUGUACUGAUAAAAUUAUAACAGAUACAGCUGAUUUAUUUAACACUAAUUGGCGACAAUAUGAACAGAGAAUUCAACCAGAAUGCACUAAUGUUUUCGAGACCCUUCAAAAAGAAAACGAUUCCUAUUUUCUUAAUUAUUUCUCGAAUUCUAACUUCGCAAAAGACAAAACUAAUUCUUAUUUUUCGCCAAACAAAAAUAUAACGAAAAAUAAAACGGAUAUUGAACAAUUUUUAACAUCCUUGAGAGUUGAAACUGACCGUUUACAUUUCGAAUUAUAUAAAUCACAAAUGCUCCAUGGGUGGACAGGAAAUGACGAUUGAAAUAGAUAGUUUUCAGAUCUAAAUAAAAAAAUUAUAACUUUAAA